AUGUGGAGCCCGCAAUCCAGUUCAAAGGCCGCAGUGGUUGUUGCAGCAGCCGCAGUUGCCAUUCCGCUGGUGUACAUACUAUGGCAAAAAGCGAGGCAUCAAGGCACUGCAAGGAAAAUUUCUGCCUCGAUGGUACAAGUCUUGGGUGAUGACGAGGUCAAAGACGCUGCUGCACAAAUUGCGAGGCCGGGCAGCUGCCAGGUGGCACCGACUGACGUAUUUUCGCUGAGUCUCAAAGCUCCAUAUGCCUCGACCAGACGGAGAUCUCAGGUGGCAGGAUCCUGUGCUUGUCCUUCGUUCCUGGGGCUGCUGGCUGGAACAGUUGGUGCCCUGCGGAACCGCGCCGGGAAACUCGUAUCAGGUGCUGCGAGACUCCUGGAUGGCAAGGCCGUGGCCACUCAAGUUCGGGAAGAGCUUCGGGAACGGACACGUCUGCUGCAGGCACAAGGCCUGAUACCAGGUCUGGCGGUUGUCCUUGUGGGGAGCAGACCCGAUUCUGAAUCAUAUGUACGAGGCAAAACCAAGGCUGCGGAAGAGGUCGGAUGCCAGGUAUUCAACAUCAACUUCCCCGAGACCGUGACGGAGACUGUGCUGCUGGACCAGAUUUCGGAACUGAAUCAAGAUCCGCGGGUCCAUGGUGUACUGGUUCAGUUGCCACUGCCGGCCCACAUCAACGAGCAGCUUGUCCUGGAUAGCAUAUCUGUCCACAAAGAUGCGGACGGCUUGUGCAGUGCAAACCUGGGGCUUCUUGCUCGUCCGCGUGGUUGCCCACUUGCUUUGCCAUGCACCCCGGCAGGCUGCAUGGAGAUGUUGCGAAGGUACAAGGUCGGCGUUGAAGGGAAAAACUGUGUUGUUCUCGGCCGAUCUGCCAUUGUCGGCAUGCCUAUGAUGCUUCUCAUGCUCAAAGCGAAUGGAACUGUAAGGCUGUGCCACAGAUUCACGAAAGACAUAGCCAAAGCAUGCUCCGAUGCCGACAUUCUUGUGGCAGCUGUCGGACGUGCAAACUUUGUGAAGGGCCACUGGCUUAAACCUGGUGUGGUGGUGCUGGAUGUUGGUAUAAAUCGGGUUCCGGAUGCUACUCGCAAACGUGGCUAUCGUUUGCAAGGCGAUGUAGAGUUCGGAAGUGCUGCUCAGAAGGCCUCCUUGAUCACGCCAGUUCCGGGCGGGGUGGGCCCCAUGACGGUGGCCAUGCUAUUGAAGAACACGGUCGCUUUGGCCGAAGUCAUGCUGCACCAAAAGUUCGAGAUGGCUGCAGCUUGGGUCAGUGAGCAUGGAUCCGGGUUGAGCACAAGUGCGGCCCUAGAUCUUUACGCUUGGUACAAGCAGGCGACCUGUGGCGAUUGUCAGGGGAGUCAGCCCUUCAGCAUGCAGGGUGCGGCCAAGUGGGAUGCUUGGAACCAAGUUAGAGGCCAUGAGAAAGAGGUGGCCCAACUUGCUUACGUCAAGGCUCUGGAGCAAUAUGCUCCGGAGUGGAUAUCUGGAGGAGCUCUUGAAGAAACGGGAGCGUCACCAGACAGAGGUGAUGGCUUAUCUAUGGGCCCUGCCGUGAGCACUUUGGGUUGCAUCGGCUUCGGGAAUCCGGCAGAUGUGGAUGAGACGCCUGCAGGGCAGCUUUGUCAGAAAAUCGCAGACGGCGCUGUGGAGGAGGCAUAUGCACUGCUUCGCCAGUUCCCCAAGCUUGCAAUAGAGGUUGAUAAGGAUGGCAUGCUUCCGCUGCAUUGGGCUGCAGAUCGAGGAGAUGUGGAAAUGGUGACUUUCCUGUUGGAUGUCCCUGACGUGAAAGCCCACAUCAGCAAGCAAGAUGAAGGUGGUGACACCCCGCUACACUACGCCGUCAUGUCAGAAAAUGAGACGGUCGCGAAGCUGUUGGUGUGCAGCGGUGCUGAUGCGAACAUUCCCAAUGAGGCUGGUGAAACACCAGCCGAGCUGGCCAAAGCAGGAGGCCUGGCGUUGGGAUGA